UGCUGGUGACGGCCAUGUUCCUGGUGGGAGGCCUGACCCAGUUCUACCUGUGCGCCGGCCUGGCCGAGCCGUCCUCGCCCGCCGGCGGGCCGGCGCUGCUCGAGGCCGUCUUCCCGGCCGACGAGCUGCUGCCGCAGCUGGCCGCCACCGGCUUCGACCUGGCCGACGUCAUCAGGAGAUGUCACCAGAACCAGUCGAUCUACACCGUGCUGCACCUGGAGCCGCUGUACGACCUCUCCGAGCUGGGCCGCUACAAACAGCAGCUGGGCAUCGACGAGCAGCUGGAUGCCCUCCGCAACCAGAUACAGGUGGACACCGACGUCGAGAUCCUCACGCCGCUGGGUAAGGAGCAGCUGUACGAGCUGGCGCGCUCCGACGUCGCCCGCAUCAACUACACCGCCUUCACGCUCACGCUGGAGGACCGCAUCACGGCCGUCGAGCUGGGUCAGAUGGGUGCCGCGCUAGAGGCGUCCGCCAACCUGCUGCCGCCGGCCGAGCGCUCGGCGGCCAACCGGCUGCGCAACCAGGCCACCAUCCUGGGCGCCCAGCAACUGGUGGUCGACCAGAUGGCCGACAUUGUCGUCUCGCUGAGGAACGCCACCGUGUCGCUGCAGGAGCACGUGCGUUUCAACCGCACCAACGUGACGGAGGCCGUCCGGGAGCUGAUCGACCAGGCGGAGUCGGCGCAGCAGUACCUGCGCACGCGCGGCGGCUCAGAAGUCAUACAGCUGGCGGACGAGUACGCGGCCGAGUUCCUCAUGCACCUGGACGAGUUCACGGCGCGCGUGGAGGGCGGCUUCCGACGCCGGCUGGGCCGCUGCUGGCCUCUGCCUGACUUCGCCUCUACCGGCAAGACGGAGCCCUACUCGGAGGCCUUCGUCGACAA